ACGGGUAGGAUAAAAAACAAGGCAAACGCGCUGUUUUGAAUGGGAGACAACAACAAGGGGAAAAAAAAACAGUCUUGUUGAGUGCAUGAGCGACUUUAAUUUAAUGUUUACAUACAUGUUUUAGAAAUAGCGAAUGGCGUCGACUUUACUGUCACCAAUGGUGGAUUAUUACAACGAUGAAGAGGAGCUGGACAGCGUGGACGAUGACGAUGACCGCAGUUUCAGAGGGAGAGACUCGGAAGAAGACACUGAAGACGCCAGCGAGACAGACCUGGCCAAACACGACGAGGACGACUAUGUGGAGCUCAAAGAGCAGAUGUACCAAGACAAACUGGCGUCGCUGAAAAGGCAGCUGCAACAACUCCAGGAAGGCACUCUGCAGGAGUAUCAGAAGAGGAUGAAGAAACUCGAUCAGCAGUAUAAAGAGAGACUCCGUAACGCAGAUCUCUUCCUCCAGCUUGAGACGGAGCAGGUGGAGAGAAACUACAUCAAAGAGAAGAAAGCGGCGGUGAAGGAGUUCGACGACAAGAAAGUGGAGCUGAAGGAGAAUUUAAUCGCAGAGCUGGAGGAGAAGAAGAAGAUGAUCGAGAACGAGAAGUUAACCAUGGAGCUGACGGGAGAUUCCAUGGAGGUGAAGCCCAUCAUGACCCGUAAGCUGAGGAGGCGACCCAACGAUCCCGUCCCCAUCCCAGACAAACGCAGGAAACCUGCUCCUGCUCAGCUAAACUACUUACUCACAGAAGAGCAAAUAAUGGAGGACCUGAGGACACUAAACAAGCUCAAGUCACCAAAAAGACCAGCCUCCCCGUCUUCUCCUGAACACCUCCCGACCACGCCCAUGGAAAGCCCUACUCAGCGCUACGAGGCUCGGAUAGAAGACGGAAAACUCUACUAUGAUAAAAGAUGGUACCAUAAGAGUCAGGCCAUCUAUCUAGAGUCGAAGGAUAACACCAAGAUCAGCUGCGUCAUCAGCUCUGUAGGAACCAGUGAGAUCUGGGUGAGGAAGACCAGCGACAGUACAAAGAUGAGGAUUUAUUUAGGUCAGCUCCAGCGUGGUGCCUUCCUCAUCAGACGCCGUUCAGCAGUUUAGAGACACUUUGCCUCCUCAUCCUCCUUUCACUCUUCUCUGCAUCCUGAGAAAUAAAGAGAAAUAAAAAUUCACUCCUCGCUAUUCCCUAAGCUGGUGUGUUUGAAAGCCUUGAGACUGUCUAUGAAAUUCCCCGACGCUUUAUUCUUCAUUCACAAUCAUGUAUCUGUACGGACACGUUCUCCUGACAGUGCGAAGGCUCAUCAGAGGGAGGGAGAGGAGGAGAAAACACGUCUCACAGUUUUAUCAAUUUCUCUUGUACAGUUUUUGUGAAUUUGGUGAAUUUUUUUGUAUACGAGUCAGAGCCAUAAUGCAACCACUGAAUUUCCCACAAUGCAUAUGGUAAGAAUAGAACAGGGCUUCAUUUUCAUUAAUUGAGCUCUGAUUACAGAUGAAUAUUAGACAAUAAGACGGAGCUGGUUUCCCACAUGAAUAUAUCAGUUUACCAAUGAGAAGUAUUUUUACACUUGGGUUAGCUUUAAUGUAAAAAAAAAUCAAAUGUCUGCAAUAUUCCACAACACGUGUUUGGUUUGUUUUUGUGCUUCUUUAUUUUCACACACGAGCAGCCAGUUAAUACAGACGUCUCGCCCAGUUGUGUGUUUGUAAAUAUUAGCAUGCCCAAUUCUUCACAUCCUUCCUUCAGAUGUACUUUAUAUCCUUCCUUCACAUGUACUUGUUAAAGUACAUCUCAUUUUUAAAUAAAGAAUUUUUCUUGAA